AUGCCCAAGAAUCGUCCCCAGUGGUCAUUUGGAUGUGGGUCUGGAGCUGAAGGCCAGGACCUUCAAAAACGCAUUCGAGGGCAAGCGGAAAAGGACAGUGAGGUGGAGCAGGAGGAACAGGACACUGAGGAGGCGCCGGAGAUCCAGCGAGCGAAGUUCUUCUGUGUUGUGGAGGCGGAGCUGAACCAUUGCAACAGCAUGGGAGCCCUGGAGAUGCACGAGCGUGUGGAGCAGCAGAAGCAGAGCAUCCACCGCGUGCACCUCUACUCCCGGGGCGAGGAUCAACCUCUCCCCGUGCUGGGCCCUGGGACACCAAAAGACGAGAAGGAAGCCAAGACAGAAGAAACCAGAACCCAACCUCUUAUGGGACCGGUCAACCUCCCCAUGCCUGCCACCAACCCUGCUGCCACCUCUGCCACUACCACCACCAUGGUCUCCGUGGUGACCCCAUCACCCCCUGGCACCUGGGGCUGCCUUGCUUGCCUAAAGCCAACCACAUAUGAGAAAUGGAAGCCUCCAGGGUUGAGAACCAAGGGAGUCAGAUCAACCAUGUGGCUGCAAGACAGGGCAGAGAGGGGACAUCAGUCCCAGGCCCCUCCACACCUCACGUGCAGUUCUACAGCAUGGGCGCAGGCACUGCCCACACAGAGCCGACCUCUGAGCCCAGACCCCUCCCCUGUAAAAUGAGAAUAAGCACUCAAGAUGGUUGUGAGGAUUCACUAACAGACUGAGAAGAAAUGGUGAUCUAGCCUGCCACAUGGGACAGUCCCCAAGAUGCUCCUUCUUCAUUUCCCUGAAGCCCAGAGUAAACCCCUUCGACCUCCUUGGGUUUCCAGUUUAAUUUCACUUCAGAUCUUGAAAUGUUCAAAUUCUUCACCUGGAGCAUAGAAAGGAAAUCUCAGGACAAGUUUGUUGGCCUCACUUGAAGAAAAGUACCUUAUAGAAGAGCCUUAAGAAUGACAUGGCUUUCAUUCACUCAGCAGAUACAUUGGGACCAUCUCUUGUGCCCACCUUGAGCUUGGUUGGGGUACAGCAGAUGGGGUCGGGGGCGCUGGGAACUAAGGAGGUUUUAACCCAGCCUGGGGGAUGGACGACUGCCUGGAGGUGGAGGCCAGACCUGAAUGAGUCACACAGGCUAUGUGGGGAGUCAAGAGGUGCAGGCAGUUAGGCCAUCGCACCUGGCCGCUCAUCUUUUUUAGCAUUGAAUAAUAUUCCAUUGCCUGGAUAUGCCACAUUUUAUCAUUCAUCCAAUGAAGGAUAUCCUGGUUGCUUCCAAGUUUUGGCAAUUAUGAAUAAAGCAGUAUAAACA